UGCGCGGUUAUCGCGCUUUCGGUCCGGUUCGGGAGUCUAACUUGUGCUCGGUCUACCUCGGUUCGAUUAUCACGGGCGCGACCGCGAGAUCCAUAGCAGGUUGUCCGGUUUAGUAACGUCGCCGCGUGGCAAACACGCUUGGUGAGAGACUUCAUACCGCAUUACGAUCUCAGCAUUGACGGAUCCAUCGUCAGUCUGCAUCCGGCUGCGCACUCGAUCAUUUCAGAGUUUAGCUGAUCGCGCCGGCGCAUGUUAGUAAUCGAGAGCAAUCGAGAGCCAGAGGAACUCGGAGGAACUCGGAGGAACUCUUCAACGAGCAUCAACACGCAUCAACACUUGGAUCAACAAAGUCGGUGGUUUUAUCGUCAACAAAAGCAGAUAAACAUAAAUAGCACCAGUAAUCGAGGAGGACUCAAUACUAAAAACUACCGCCACGUGAUAUUUAAGAUGACGAGGGUAUUUAAAGAGAUCGACGUGUCUUGUGGAUAUCACUCCUAUCAAGAUACUGUGACUCGUGAUUAAGUGUUUUAUAAUAUAAUAAAUAAAUAUCUCUUUUAUUUUUUAUUUCUCUUAAAUUAUAAAGCAAAAUGUCGGUUGUAAUUAUUUAUUUAAGUAACAAUAAGUCUAAGUGUAUAAACUAAAAAAAUUAAAUUAAUUGACCUAAAUAGACCCUGGGUCACGUUUUCUGUUAAUAAAACCAUCAACGGAAGACAAGUCAAGAGAGAUUAAGUGAUACAUUAAAUACAAGCACAACCACAAGUACACAUUAAUAUUAUUAUUAUUAUAUUCAUAUAGAUAAUUAUAAAUGAUGGAUUUGUCGACAACUGAGGCGAGUAAAUUGGCCCUGCUAAAAGCACAAACGAUACCGCACAACAACUCUCGGGUCGGUGGUAUUAUAACAAAGCCAGUUAACAUACGGAAAAUGAGCACGAUGGAGGAGGAGAGCUCAGAGGAUUUAGAUACCAGUAGUCAUCAGAUUGCGGUAAUGAAUCUUGGCCAGCAGAAUAAUCACAGUAACAAUUACAACUACAAUGACGAUUCUGAUAAAAGUGAUCACGAGCAUGAGCGAGGACGUUUACUGUCCUCUGGUAGCCGUAGGAUCGUUAUUGUACCAGCAAUCACGGGUAGUCAUAUGGCUCAUACCACCACCAUCACCACCACCACCAACGGCAACAGCAACAGCAACACCAACACCAACACCACCGGAAGCGGGAACGGGAACGGGAAUUUAAUAAGCAAAAAAUCAAGUUGCAGUCGUAAUAGCAGCGCCGAGAGCUUUCAAGAUACUAAAUCGCGAAGAAGGGACGAGGAAUUAACAAUGAGAACUAAUCGGGAGAAUGGUCAUCAUCAUCAUCAUCAUCAUCACCACCACCAGCAUCACCAUCGGGAGCAGAACGGUUUGCAUCGCGAGCAAAACGGUUUGCAUCGUGAAAAUUCAGUACACGGAAGAUCUAAUCGUGGUAUUGAAUUAUACGGAGGAAGACAUCGGUAUCCAAGUAUGCGGUCUCUCAAGUCAAAUAAUACUGAUGAUCACCAUCAACAACCGACAACCAGUUGGGCAUCAAUAACAUUCUCCGAUGCAACACCAAGUCAAUCUCCAGCACGUGGUGCACCUUUUCAUGAAUCUGUGUCAAUACGUUCGCUUGCUUCCAUCGGUCUGGGAUCAUCCGAUGGACGAAAAUUAACCAUAAGACGAAUUCCAACUUCACCGUCUGAAUUAAUAAAUAUGGUUCAACCUCCAACCCCAUUGGAUGACGAUAUGUCGACGUCAGAUACUGACGAUUACGGAAUACUUGAUGACUCGAGUGAUUACCACCAACCAAAAAGACCUCACUGGGAAAAUAAAGUGCAAUUUGUAUUAGCUUGUGUGGGAUAUUCCGUUGGACUUGGCAAUGUAUGGAGAUUUCCAUACUUGUGUUACAGCAGCGGUGGUGGAGUUUUCUUGAUUCCGUACUUUAUAAUACUGAUUGUUUGUGGAGUUCCGUUGCUAUAUAUGGAACUUGCGGUUGGACAAUUUACCAGACGAGGUCCGAUUGGUGCUUUGGGCCAAAUUUGCCCUUUAUUUAAAGGUGCCGGUUUGUCAUCAGUAGUGAUAUCAUUCCUAAUGUCAACAUAUCACAAUGUAAUAAUAGCCUACGCGAUUUAUUACUUCUUCACUGCGUUCAAGCACGAGCAUCCCUGGGCAAACUGCAAUCACUCGUGGAAUACUCCAGCCUGCUGGCAUCCGGAAGCUCACGGUAACCGCAGUAAGCCCAACACUUCCCGGACACCGUCGGAAGAAUUUUUCGACAAAAAAGUACUCCAGAUAAGUGCUGGUAUCGAGGAGCCAGGGAUCCUCAGAUGGGAAAUUGUCGCGUGCUUGCUCACCGCCUGGAUAAUUGUAUACUUUUCAAUUUGGAAGUCAAUAAAAUCAUCAGCCCAAGUCCGUUAUCUCACAGCGACACUUCCAUUCCUUUUGAUAUUUGGGUUUCUGCUCCGAUCACUGACACUUCCUGGUGCCGACAAAGGUUUACAAUUUUUCUUUCGUCCACGAUGGGAAUUACUAGGUAAUGCCAAGGUCUGGGUCAACGCAGCAGCACAAAUAUUCAAUUCUUACGGCAUAGCAUUUGGUUCGAUGAUAUCCUUCGCAAGCUACAAUAAGUUUCACAAUAAUAUUUUCAUCGAUACUUUAGCAGUGUCGCUGAUAAACGGAUUGAGUAGUUUGCUCGUUGGUAUAUUUGCUUUUGCUGUAAUCGGCAAUAUUGCCGUUGAACAUAAUACUACCGUUAAUGCGGUACUUACUGAUGGACCUGGUCUGGUGUUCGUCGUGUAUCCUCAGGCCUUGGCGAAGAUGCCCGCGUCCCAAUUGUGGGCCGUUUUAUUUUUCUUUAUGCUCGUAUGUCUUUCAUUGAAUAGUCAAUUUGCUGUAGUUGAAGUCGUAGUGACGUCAAUACAAGAUGGAUUUCCAAACUGGGUAAAAAAAAAUUUACUCUGUCAUGAAAUGCUAGUUCUUAUUAUUUGCGCUGUUUCUUUUGUUUGCGGGUUACCUAAUGUCUCACAGGGUGGAAUAUAUUUCUUUCAACUUAUUGAUCAUUAUGCAGCGUCGAUUUCCAUCAUGUUCUUGGCAUUUUUUGAAGUUAUCGCAAUAUCGUGGUUUUACGGAGUACGAAGACUGUGUAACAAUGUCUCGGAAAUGACUGGGAGAGUACCAUCAAUGUAUAUUCAAUUUUGUUGGCUCAUAGCUGCACCUUUACUGAUAAUGUCUGUAUGGGUAUUUAGUUUGAUUGAUUAUCAAAGUCCGACGUACGGCAAUGGAGCUUAUCAAUAUCCAUGGUGGGCAGAAGCUGUUGGUUGGGGAAUAGCGUCCUUGUCACUGAUCUGCAUUCCAGCAGUUGCCGUCUACGUAUUAAUUAGAGCCGAGGGCGUUACUUUCACUGAGAAACUACGCAAUUCAAUUAGAUCACAUUUUGAGGCGUGCAAAGUAUGUCGCCAGGAGUACUGUGCAAAUCCAUUGCAUAAUUUAUCGGAUACCGAUAAGGAGCAAAUUAAACAACCACUUCAAGAAAUGAACAGUCUGAUAAACAAAGUCCCCAUAACAAUAAUACCCACAAAGUCACAAACAUAAUAAUUAAAUAAAAAUACAGUAGUUUAAUUUAUUAUUUAAAUUUAUUUAUCUAACAAAUUAGUCAAACAAUAGAUCCGGCUGACCAAAGAGUGGCCAUUUAUCACAAAACCCUGUAAGCCGAUUAGUCAACAAAAUAAUUACAAUCUUUUUAAAUCACGCAUGCAUGCUAAGACUGCGAUAUAAUUACAACGAUAACUAGAUAAUUAUAAUAAUAAUAAUUAUUAUUAUUAUUAUUGUCUUUAUUAAAUAAUUUUAGAAAACUGUUUUGAUGAUAUUUAUAGAGAAUUUAGUUUACUGAGCAAUAUAUACAUAUAUAUAUCAAGUCUUCCAUAUACAUACUCUCGGUUGUCGAUAUUUAUCAAGUAUACCGUAUAGUAGUUUUAAGAGCUUUUUUGUUCUAUUAUAAACUAAUAAACUCAAUUAAAGGAGCCGUAAAUUGUGAAAAAAUAAAUUUCAAAAUAAUUUAAUCGUUAAAUAAUUUUAAAAAUUAAUAGUUUACGAAAAAAAAAUUAAAAACUUUAAAAAUCUUUGAAUAAGCUCAUUUUUUUAAAAUUGUAAUAUGAUGACUAUUUUUUUGUUAAAUUAUUAGCAAAUAUUUAAAAUACAAUAUGUAUAUGUAUGUAUGAAUGGAUGAAUGUAUGAGUGUAUGGAUGUAUGUAAGGGAUGAAAACGAUAUAUAAAUUCGUUAACAUAGUAGUUUUCCAGAUGACAGAGCAUCAUGUACACGGGACAGAGAAGAGAAGUGAAGUGUAAUAUAAUAUAAGUGAAGUGAUGAGUAGGGUGGGGACAAUGGGGUUGCGCGGUACCUAGAAAGCUCUUCUCUACUCUUCUCUACUCUUCUCUACUCUCCCUUGGUUCAUGUCCAUACAUACAUCCUAGUUCCUAGUGUACACCAGGCUACUGUAUUGCUCUCACUGCGAGAGGGCUAACACUCUCAGUAAGCGAUCGUGCGUACUCUCAGGCUCUUUAUUGUUAAAAUAAACUCUAAUCAAUCCGUCUACCGAAAUCAUAUCACUGCUAAAUUAGUUAAAUACUUAAAAAAUUAUUAUUCAAAGUAAAAGAAAAGUAAAAAAAAAAAAUAAAUAAAUAAAUUAAUAAAACAUUUGUCACUAAAUGUAAAUCUCGUGGUCUCCAAAGUCUGUGUAAGAAACGUUAUUAUAUUUUAUUAUUUAUUUAAACAGCUUAAAUUUAACGAUUUUAAACUGUGUGAUGGAUCGCUUUGACAACUUGUUGCUCGCAGUAGGGUUCACGUGUUUGUUACGCGAUCGAAAAAUAAACAUAUGUAUAAUUUAUUAUUAUAUUUUAAGUUAAUUACACAUCAGUAGAUUUAUCACUAGGUGAAUUAGUUUAAAUAAAUAACAAAUUUAAAUUUUAAAUAUACCGAAAAUAAAAAGAAAAAAUACAUAAAUAAAAAGUGACGAUAAAUUAAA